AUGGAUGUGAAAAUGAGGCAAGAAAAUCGAGUGAUUGUAGAGCAAACAGUGACUCCAAUCGACGAUAAUGAUACAAAUAAUUCUAAUUUUAUUGUCGAAGGAACGACGAAGUUAGAUAUCUCUAGUUCGGCCGUAGCAUUCUACAAUCCUGCACAACAAUUCAAUCGUGAUUUAACAAUUUUGGUACUGCAGCAAUUCAUGGAAGAUCGGAAAAAGGAGUUAGAAGAAAAGAAAUGUAAUGGACAGAAUGGCAACGCGGAGCCAGCACCAAAACGAUCACGAAAAUAUGGAGAUUCUGAAAUACGUAUUUUGGACGCGUUGUCUGCAAGUGGUUUAAGGGCUAUUCGGUUUGCUAAGGAAGUUCCAUCUGUAGCUAAAAUAAUUGCAAAUGAUUUUUCGAAACAAGCUGUGAGUAUAAUGAAUAAAAAUAUUGAAAUGAAUGGUGUUCAGAAUCUUGUGGAAUCAAGGUGCGGCGAUGCGGUAGAUGCAAUGAUGUCUAAUCGUUCAUUUGAUAAGCGAUUUCAUGCAAUCGAUAUUGAUCCAUAUGGUUCAGCAUCAAUGUUUCUCAGUUCUGCAGUGCAGGCUGUUACGGACAAAGGCAUUUUAAUGGUUACAUGUACGGAUAUGGCUGUGCUGUGUGGUAAUACGCCUGAAUCGUGCUAUAACAAAUAUGGUUCUGUCGGCUUACGGCAUAAAAGCUGUCACGAAUUUGCUAUUCGUGUCUUGCUGAGAGCUAUUGAUUCACAUGCAAAUUGUUAUGGAAGAUAUAUCGAACCAUUACUUUCCGUAAGCAUCGAUUAUUACUUACGAGUUUUCGUUAGAUUACAUACAAGUGCAUUCAUCGCCAAGGAUAGUGUAAUGAAAGUAUCACAUGUGUUCGCAUGUACUGGCUGUCAUUCAUUGCAUUUGCAACCACUUGUAAAAAAGAUAAAAAAUGGAAACAGUAUAAAAUAUACGCCGAAAACAUUUGAUGUAUCCUUGUUAGAUAGGGAUGGAAAAUGUGUACAUUGCAAACAGUCUGUGCAUAUGGCUGGUCCAAUUUAUAGUGCACCAAUACAUAAUCACCAGUUUGUGAAUAAACUGUUGGAAAGGUUAAAAACACUUCCAGAGGAAAAACGAUCUCAAACAUAUUUGCGUGCAGUUGGAGUUCUAACCGUCAUUGCUGAGGAAUUACCAGAUAUUCCUCUAUAUUAUGAAUAUGAUCAAUUGAUGCAUGUUGUGAAAUCAGCAGUGCCAAAAUCAGUUGAUUUCCGCUCAGCACUUAUGAAUGCGGGUUAUCGUUGUUCCAUUUCUCACUGUAAUCCAAAAGCAAUCAAAACCGAUGCUCCAACAUCAUUUUUAUGGGAUAUCGCUCGAACUGUGGCAAAAAAUAAUAAUGUGACAGUCGAUCGGUUUACAGAAGAAUGUGCCGGAAAAGCCAUUUUGGAGCAGGAAAUAAAGCAUGAAGUUGUUUUUCGGCUACAUCCGGAAGCAUUGGAGAAAAGUAAAAUUGAUUCAUUGCUACGUUUUCAACAAAGUAAGGGUAAAAAUAUGGGGCCGAAAGCGAAGACGAAAGGUUCAAUUUCUUCGAUCCGAGCUGGUUUUCAACUGUCGCAGCAGGACGAAAAGAAAUGA